AUGGGGAUGUUUCUGCUCCCAGUCUCUAUCAUCAGAAAAUUGAACCAACUGCUUAGGAAAUUCUGGUGGGGUUAUAAUGAAGAUACUUUUAAAAUUCAAUGGGUUGGUUCGGACAAAAUCAAUACCAACAAGGAGUCUGGAGGCCUUGGUUUCAGGGACUUUAAAAGGUUCAAUUUAGCUCUAUUAUCGAGGCAAGGGUGGAGGAUUAUACAUAAUCCAAACUCUUUGGUGUCCAUGAUCCUUAAACAGAGGUAUUUUAGUCAGGUGGGUCUGCUAGAUUCAAGACUGGGUCCAGGACCAUCAUUUGCAUGGAAAGGUAUUCAAGCUGGUCUAACUUUGCUAAGGAAGGGAAUCGUGUGGAGGAUAGGUAAUGGGACAAAGGUGAACAUUUGGAAAGACAGAUGGAUCACAGGUUUUCAGUUAGGCAAGGUGUUAUCCACUCGAGAUGCAGAUUACUGGUGUGAGAAAGUCAGUGAUCUCAUAGACCCCCAACAAAAAAAGUGGAAGGAAUCCCUUUUAUUGGAACUCUUCUCUCACCAGGAAAUUGAAGCCAUUAAAGCUAUUCCUAUCAGCUUGGGUGGUAGGGAUGAUGUGAGGAUCUGGCCUUGGACUAACAAUGGACUAUUCACGGUAAAAAGUUGUUAUCACUUUGGUAGAGACAUGGAUAGACAUUUGGAAGGAUAG